UACCAGCCAGCGGCGGGCCCUCCGGGAAACUUAAACCAGCGUCAUGGCUGAACGCCGGCGGUUGUUGGGAGCGCAGUUGUCCCGCACUGCACCUCACGCAACAGCCCGACGUCGUCAGCCAUGUUGUGCCGUGUGACGCUGAGUGGCCUGGUCGCCGCCUCGGUUGUGACGGCUUCCUUCGACAGGAACCUGGCCUACAGCAGUCCUUCGCGGCGGCACCCGAGCCUUGCCGUGCCUCUGGCUCAUGUGUCCAAACGUCAAACGGGCGAGCUCUUCGCUCCGGCCGAGGUCAACUUCACCCAUGGCGUUGCAUCCGGCGACCCCUAUGCCGACUCGGUCAUCCUCUGGACGAGGCUAUCCCCGACAGUGGACAGUGUCGCCUCUGAUUUGGUUCCGGGGGGCGUAGCACCCAUCUACGACGACGCAGAGGGUGCUCAGCCGUCGAGCAAGGCGGCCUGUGUCGAGUUCAAGAUCGCCACAGACCAGGCUUUGACGGAUGUGGUUGACCAGGGCCGGGCUUACACGACUAGCGAUGUGGACUACACGGUCAAGUUUGAGGCAGGCGGUCUCCAGCCGUUUACCACCUACUUCUACCAAUUCAAUGUCUGUGAUUCCGACAAAGUCAGCCCGCUGGGCCGGACCAAGACCACCCCGGCCAAGACGCAGAAGGUCGACCAGAACAUCAGACUCGCCGUGUACUCGUGCUCAAACUACCCUGAGGGCUACUUCAACGCCUACGGCAACCCCGCACGCAAGGACUCAGUCGACUACGUGCUGCACCUGGGCGACUACAUCUACGAGUACGAGCCGGACUCGUCACUGCCGAACCGCAAUCCUUCCCCGAACCGCGAGACGUACUCGCUGUACGACUACCGCGCGCGGCUGGGGUCGUACCGCACCGACGCCGACCUGCUCCUCUCGCACGCACAGUUCGCCUGGAUCCCCGUGUGGGACGACCACGAGGUGGCCAACAACGCGUGGAAGAACGGCACCGAGAACUCGUCUGGCGACGUCUUCCGCCGGCGCAAGCAGGCCGCCGUCCGGGCCUACUACGAGUGGAUGCCGCUGCGGCAGGCCGACAUGGACGACAGCCUGCGCGUCUGGCGCAGUUUCGGGUUUGGUACCCUGUUUGACCUGGCUAUGCUCGACACCCGGCAGUACGACCGCGACCUGACGGUGCUGGGCGGGAUCGCGGGCCUCGGGGGCAACAGCGCCGAGGUGGAGAAGCAGGUGGAUUGGCAGAACCGAACAGUCAUGGGGUUCAAGCAGGAGCAGUGGUUCUACGACCAGCUGAGGGAGUCGAGCCAGCGCGGCGCGGCCUGGCGCGUCGUGGGCAACCAGGUCGUCUUUAGCCGGAUGACGCUGGGCAUCCUGGGUGACACGCCGUUUAACCGUGACCAGUGGGACGGCUAUCUCGCCAACCGCGACCGCGUCUAUCAGUGCCUGGAGGAGGGCAAGAUCAACAACACGGUCAUGCUGUCCGGGGACUCGCACGCCUCCUGGGUGUCGGACCUGGCCUGGCUCGGGAAGAGGGCCUACGACGAGGACACGGGCAAGGGGGCAUUUGGGGUCGAGCUGGCGGGCACUGCGGUCACCAGCUCCAGUCCGGUGGGCGGCACGCCCAAGUUUGCGGCCAACUUGCUCUCCCAGUGGCUGAUCAGCCAGAACCCGGAGCUGCAGUGGCAAGAUCUGUUCUACCGGGGGUAUUUUGAAAUGAGCAUCGGCUAUGAGGCCAUCAAGGCCACCUUCUUUGGCAUUUCGGAUGUCAAGAAGCGUAGCGAUGACGAGGUCGUGCUGGCGCAGUUCCUGAUCAACAGCGGCGAGAACAGGCUGGCCAGGAAUCCCACGGUUGGGGGCGGUCGGGCCAAGAGUGGUGCGUUGAAGAACGGGCGCGUGGACAUAUUUUGAGUAACUGGCAGAGAUGUGUAGGCAUCUGACAACGUCUCAACAUGACAUGUCCUGAAUAGUUAACAAAUUGCUGAGGCAAUCCAGAGCGGGUCAAGCUCACAAGGAAGAGCAAUACAAAGGAAGCAAUGAAGAGGGAGGAGAAGAGCAAAUAAGAAAAAAUGAAGAGUAAAAGUCCUGGGAAAUCCUGGGUAACUGCGAACGUCUUUGACUCCAAUCUGAGUUAAGACAGAGAGACACAGGUU